UGAAGUUGGUCGCCUUGUCGUGGCGAAGGGGCUUAAGUAAGAGUAAAGUGUGCAUCCCAAAGGAAACGCACUCUAAUCUUACGAACUAAGAGGGACACUUUAUAAUUCCCACAAUAGUGAUAUGGAUGAAUAAACCCUAGGUUUUACGCCCAUCUCCUAUUGUGGAAGUAUGAGGAUACCCGAACCAACACCACCCUAAGCCAAGGUGUCGAGGUACCCGUGCCGAGGGCUGAAUGGUCAGCGGGGGGUAAUAAAUAGCUGAUCGCGAACGGUCCCCUCCGAUGCCCGGGCGAGGUCGGAGGUAUAAAAGCCUUCUCUCCGCAUACCGGUUCUGCGGACGAGUGACCAACCCUUUCCGGAUUACUCGUGGGACCAAACAUGAACGAAAACAAUAAUGCAACAACAACAACAACAUCAACUACAACAACCAAAUUGACGACAACAGCAACGACUAAGGACAUGAACUAUCGGAAUCCUAUUACGGAAUCCGAAGAAGAAGAAGAGCUACUUGCCUCCAGCCAGGAGACGAGUAAGAGUACUACCGGACAUACCAACCAAAGUAUACCGGUAGAUACAGCAGUAAAAGCCCCUGAUAUAAGGGUGGAAGCGUCCACCUCCAAGGCUGCCAUGAGCACCAACCAAAGUGCACUGGCGGCUAAAGGAGAAAACAGAAAGAAGCGCAAGAAAUCCCAGAAUCAGCUGAGGAAAAACCGGUACCAGAGGGCAGGCUUCAUACUAGGGAAGAUAGCCAAAGACCAGGCAGCCGGUACCCCAGUUGAUGAGGCCGAAACAAAGCGCCUCAAAUCUAUCGUAGAGGAAUAUGAAGGCUACCUGAAAAGGAAGCAAUCACAACCUCAAGAAGAGAGCAAGCGAGAGAGCACUUCUCAGAAGAGAAAUCGCUCCAUCACAGAAGUACCCGGAACUCAGCCCAAAAAACCGAGGCGAAGCGAAGGUGAACACAGCAGCACAACAACGGCAAGGCAUUUCUGCGAUGUUGCCAGAGAUAGCCUGCAGGUGGCCAUCAUAGACGGAAAUUCCUCCUCUCCGAGCACAAUGCAGGAGAGAUGGGUGGAGAUCGACGUCAGAUUGUCGAGUAUGGUGCUAAGCUAUGUACUCGACAAUCCUGCGGGUCCUCACCCGGAGUUUGACUCUUCUGAGACCCUCAGGGGCAUCAAGUGCAGGCCUCGCUGGAUUUCCUGACAGGUAGUGUGGCUAAAAUUAGCAACGCCUUUGUAGGCCUCCAUUUGAGGCUUAUACCCGCCAAGGACAUUCCGAAGAGACCUCGUGCUCGCAUUUGGUUACCCCCUCUAGAGGAGCCAGGCGAAAAACUCCUGCGGUGCAUUAAGCUGCAGAACAAAUCUAUGCCUAGUAUAGAUGAGUGGCAGCUAAUCAAGGAGGAAAACCCGAAUAAAGCAAGCAAGCCAAUACUAGUGGCCAUUUGUGAUGAGUCCAUUGAGGCUCUGAAGAAGACUGACUACAAAAUCAGCUUCGGAAUCCGCAAAGCCAGACUAAAAAUAUUCCAAGGCGACAAAGCGGCUGACGAAGACGACACGGAAGAGGUCGACGACGCCAGCCAGUUGCUAAAGAAUGUGGGCAUCGAAAAAAACCGAGAUGCCCAAUAACAUAAGAUGCGUGCAGAUAAACCUGCAGCACUCGAAGAGUGCUACAGCGAAUCUGACAACCCUCGUGAAUGAGGGGGGCAUCGACAUCAGCCUAGUACAGGAGCCCUGGGUCAAUGAAGAUACCAUUAAAGGGCUAAACAGCAGCAACCAUAACCUGUUUUACACACGGAACAGAGGUAAACCUAGGACAUGCAUUCUUAUCAAUAAAAGUAUAAAUGCAUUUCUUUGUCCUAAUUCUUGGUCCCGGCCUACUUGGCCCAUGACGAAGACAUACCACCGGCCCCGCUCACCAGACUAGUAGAGGAGAACAGGAAGGAAGAUGUCCUAAUAGGGUGUGAUGCAAACGCAAGGCACACCGUAUGGGGUAGCUCCAGUAUAAACACCAGAGCAUUUUCGCUUUCUGCAACCCGUUUUGACCUCUCGCCACCCUUAUUCACCAGAGGUGGCCAUGAUGUUUUAUUGUGAACGUACACUUGAGGGGGAGGUUAAGGACUGUGAAUGGCUCUUUUUAUACCAUGCAUAAGACACUGCGUUUAGCUUAUUGCCGAAGGCAUGACACUUUAUUUGACUACCAACAACAUGCUUUUGGCGCUAACAGAGGAACGCAAUUGAACGAUGGUUGCUAUGCUACAUAAUUACAUAAGUAUUUAUCUAUUAACUAGAAAAAAAUACAAUUUGCAGUCUUUUCGUUUUAUUUAUUAUUCAAUAUGUGGUGCGUUUAUAAUUUUCAACGGAGUGUUGACAUAUCACAAUUAUUUGUUGAAAUUUUUAUAAUAGGAAUGUAAAAAUAAUAAACUAUCGACUGCAUUUGGCGCUAGUCGGCUUCGCUUCUCAGUAGCAUAGCAACCAUCGUUCAAUUGCGUUCCUCUGUUAGCGCCAAAAGCAUGUUGUUGCUCAACACUUUUCAAUUUGCUGGGCGGCUUACUCGAUAAAGAUUGCUGCAAAUAUAAAAAACCUUCACAGAAUCUUUGAAAGCCACUCAGGCCGCCAUAUCAAAACGUUUAAAUGCAUUUUGAAUGCAGUAAAAAUAACUCAGUUUUGCGGGUUCGUGACUGCUGAUGAAGAAUGAAUCCAUUACGGCAAUCAUAAACUAAAAAAUCAUAGGUGAAAUUUGACCAAUCAGCCAAAGCCGAAUUCUACGAUAUAUUUUAAUUUUAAUUACUCAUAACAGCUUAUGUCUAAAAAGUGAGUUUUGAGAUAAUAAAGGUUUUGUGUCAAACAAAUUCUGUUUGGUUUUCAUAUAAAAUUUUUAGCUACAGAUAAAGAUACACAUUUAUUUAGAACAAAACUGUUAAUAAUUAAAAAAAAAAACUGUUUUAUUAUUAAAUAUUCGAUGUUUUAUACUUAAGGUAUUAUGAAUAAAUUCAUUGGCUGAAAAAUAGAAACCUAACUUAACUUAAGCUACUAUAUUGAAACGAAAAAUAAUUGGUACUGACAAUAAGUCCAAAUAAGGUUGAAUUAAAAAAUGCGGUAGACAUGAGAUAAGAUGAUUUUUUAAGCUUUAUUAGAAAUAUAAGAAUCAAACAAAAAAAUAAUCCAUAAAAAGACACAGUUUUUAUAAAAUAAUAAGUUAAAUUAAAAUUAAUCCACAUUUCGAUAUACAUAAUUAUAUUACCAUAUAUAAGAAAUUACUCAUCGUUUUCAUCAUUUUCAGUUAGAUCAGGGUGAAAAUCUAGCGAUUUCACUGUACUUAAAUUUAUAUAGAACUCUCUAUAUAUUUCAUCAACUAACGGUAGCAUAUCUAACAAAUCUUUUUUUUUUGUUUUCGUUAAUUAGUAUUGCGGACUCAUAACAUAGUUUUAAAUCUUUAAUAUUCACCCUAUUGGUGCCCCGCUUUACUAUAUUUAUAAAAUGGAAUGGUUCUUCUUCUUCAUUGAGCGAUUUUUUAAAAUAAACUUUCCCAAAGUCUUUUGUAAAUCUAAACCACUUGAUCUCAUUCCAAUUAUAUUUUUUGCCGACAUCGUCAAUUUUCCGCCAAGUAAAUAAUUGUUUAGCAGCGUUUCCAGAAUCAUAAAUAUUGCUUUGCUGCAUUUCGAUAACUAAAAACGGGUUUUUCCUUCCAACGGAUCGAACAAAUUGAAACCAAUCACGAGGAUGGUGUAUUUUUAUUGAUGAUUUUUUCUUUUUUUUUCGAUUAGUCCAUGGUCGCUGUCACAUUCCAUGUGAGUGUGACCUGGCACUAAGAAUUUGUGAUUUAUAGUAGUUAUAUUGCUGUCCAUUUGCGCAAAAAUUUCAAACAUUGUUGCAACGUAACUAUUUUUAUUUUGACCUGGACAGCAAUCACUAUAAAAAACUACGUGUUUUGUAUUAGAGUCCAUAUUUUGAAGAUGGUUAAAAACACAGGAAGCAAUCUCAUUUCCUCCUCUUUUUGCUAGAGCUUCAUGCCACAUAUAACAUAUUGCUUGAUUGGUCUCAAGAUCAUGAACAGUUAAAUUGAAUGUCCAUAAUGGUCGUUUGUAAAAAGACAAGGAAGUCCUCAACAUUGGUGUUGGCAGGCAUUGCUGAAGAUCAAAACAAAACAACUUAAGUGAAGCAUCCUUCAUAGCUUUUGCCUUAUCAACUUUCUUCGCGUCAUAUGUUUGUUGUGCUUCACUAAGAUGAUGUGCUUGUUCUGCUUUUAGAGAAUCAACCUCUUCAGGUGUAGCAACUGUUAUCUUAUGUUCAAGUAAGUCGCAUUUGUGGCAAGUAUCAAGCUUGGGUUUUUUAAAUUUCAAUCCCAUUUGAUUAAACAGCCUCGAAAAUGUUGUUAACGCCACAGAAUGGUCGUAUUUCUCGCAAUAUAAGCGAUGCAUUGCUGCCACCGAUAGAUCACUUGGAAGGUAACGUAAUGAUGUAUCACGACGACUAUAGUGCGACUCGUAUGAUGGAAAACUGUUAAUGAAUUCAAUAAUUUCGUUUUGCUUAUUAGAUGAUAAUUUUCUGGCAUUUUUGUGUCUCCACGCAUAUCUGUAAAUCCAGUUCCCUCAAUUUUUGCUUUAACAACUGAUUUUAUGAACUGUUCUGACUCGCACAAAGUAAAUCUAAAGCAUUUUUGGCAUACUGAUAUUUUUUCAGUAUUCACUUCUAAAAAAUAGUUGUAAGAAUAAUCUCUUCUUCUUGGAUUUACAGCAGACUUAAACCGCUUAAUAGUUUUGGUAGUCUGCAGUUCAAUCAACGCAGCAACAGCUGCUCUGCGCAAACGAUAUGACCCGUGUGUCCAAUAAGCCUUAUGUAUUUCUUUUUGCUGGUCAUAAGAUAUUUUAGAAGCGCAGUUUUUCCUGCAAGCUUCCAAUUUACGCAAUACCCGCGCGGAAAUUAAUUUGCCGGACUUUGAAAUGUAAGAUUUUCCUCGUUUCUCAGCUGCUUUGCAAGUUUCCUUGACGAUACUGCAUUAUUCGCAACGCUUGAUGUGUUUUCCUAAAUCUAAAUUUUUAAUAUAUAAUUUCAAGCAAUAAAUGUGUAAGAUCACAAAACUAUUUACAAUAUCAUGGUUAGUUUCACUUAAAAUUGAAUUCUGAUCAACAUCAUCUUCAUCUACGCUGUUAUCAGCAACUACUUCAUUUUCACAAGAAUUAGCAACUGCUGCAUUUGCCGUAUUAUUAGUAUUGAGCUCGAUAUUCGUAUUAUUGUUAGUACAUAAAGUAUCAAUAAAUACAACUUGUAUUUCAGUAUUAUUAUCAGCACAUGUAUUAUCACUUAAUAAAGCAUUCAAUAACUCUGAAGAAACACUUUCGUUAAAAAUAUUAUUAUCCAUUUUUCUACGACACUACUCGCGCCAGCACUGUCUACAAACUGAACACAACAACUUAUGUUUGCAAAAAAAUUCCGUAAGCACACACUAAAAACAACCUACAUGCAGUUAAAGUACUGUUAUAUUUCAACGGCACUUUAACAUAAUAGCCUUAGUAGAGUUAAGAUGUUUUGCAAAAAUGAAGAUUUCAAAUAUCGUAAAAAUUAAAUUUUGUUAUAAGAACGUAUGUUCACUUAAGUAGACAAAAUUAAAGCAGGUCGUUGUAAUAUAAGAGCUUAGUUAAAUAUAAGUUGUUUUUUUAUGCGCUAUAAUUAGAAUCUUCUGUUAGAUAUUCAACUUAAGUGUGUAUAAGUUUUCAUGCACAAACAUUUUAAUAUUGAUUAAACUACCUUUAAAAAAAAUUAAGUGGAAUUAAGAUGUUGUGGCUAAUGUAUUAUUUUCCAAAAAGACUUAAAGUUAAAAUGUUAAUGCGUAUAACUUCAUCAAAAAUAACAUUUUGUAAUUGAAAUUUGGCUGAGUGCUAGAACAUGAAGAGGAGAAUUAAAAUAUGUAACACCAAAAAUUAAUGCUAAUACAGUAAAUACCUUAAUAAUAAUAAACGUAAAUAAUUUGUAAAUAAAUUGUACACCGUAAAUAAAUUGUACAAACAUAUGUACACCCAACUCUUUUUUUACACGGUUUCUUUUUACACGGAUUUGAAGUUACACUGUUGAGAAAAAAAAAUUGUUGCAAAAAAAUUGAUGGUAAGAAAGAAAAUUCAGUUUGUAAUGUUAAUAUUUAAAAACUAAUCUAAAAAAUUUCAAAAAUGAUUGUAAGAAGGAAAACUAAGUUUGUAAUGUAUGUACAUAAAUGGUAAAUGGUAAUACUUAAAAGCUAAUCCUAAAUCCUUAGUGAAAAUUUGUAAAAAUAGAAAGGAAAAAUAUAACUUUUAUUUAUAAAUACGUAAACUUAAAAAAAUAGAUAAAACGAGAUAAAAUAAAUA